CCCGUGCGCCUGGCUGCCGGGGGGCCGGGCCGGCGGGCUGCCGCUGUGCCGCGCACCCAUGGACGGCCCGGCCAUCAUCACCCAGGUGACCAACCCCAAGGAGGACGAGGGCCGGGCCCCGGGCUCCAGCGAGAAAGACCCACUGGCCGUGGCGGGAAGGCUUCUACCCAGCUCAUCAUCCCAGUGCAACGUCAGCCUGAAGAAGCAGAGGAGCCGCAGCAUCCUCAGCUCCGUCUUCUGCUGCUUCCGUGAUUACAAUGUGGAGGCUCCGCCAGGCAGCAGCCCCGGUGUUCUUCCGCCGCUGGUGGAGGAGAACGGCGGGCUUCAGAAGGGUGACCAGAGGCAGAUCAUUCCCAUACCAAGUCCACCAGCUAAAUAUCUCCUUCCAGAGGUGACGGUGCUUGACUAUGGAAAGAAAUGUGUGGUCAUUGAUUUAGAUGAAACAUUGGUGCACAGUUCAUUUAAGGUAACCGGAGCGCUGUACGUGCUGCAAGUUGUAUUGGGAGGGGCAGGGGAGGCACUAUUGAAAACCGUCAAGCAACCGACUAUCCGGAAAUUUUCCCAGACCAAGUUUUGGAAGAUGCCCAACUCUGAAGAAGACUUCCAGAGUUAA